GUCUUUCUUCCCGUAAACAGCCCCGACUUGCGGCUCCCGCACUUAACUGAAUCCCGCCUUAAGUGCACCAGGAGCCGAUCUCACCUUUCACUCACUCAAUGGCUACGAAGCUUGGCCUUUACAACUCAUUUUUCUCUCAUUCAAUUACUUCAUUGGCAUCCAAGCAACCCAAUAGACCCGAAUUCGUCAUAUCGGACAAGAGGAAUGAUCCGCCCUCAAGGCCAGAUGUUCUCUCCAACAAAUUGGCCAAGAUGAACCUGGGGAACAGUAACAAUGAGCCCCGCCAAGUCACUGGUGAAUCAUCUGUUCAAGAACUUCCCCCAGACCAGGCGCCUACACCUGGUCGCAGGGCUAACAAGCGUCGCCGCUACCAAGACUUGAACACCAAUAGUGGCCAGAACAACGAAGAAAAUGGCAGAGUAGAUCAACGAGAUGGCCCCAAAUAUCCUCAUACCAAGGUGCCAAUACUGUCGUUCGAAUGCCCAUUUUGCAAACUGGACCCGCACCGGUAUGAUGAGUGCAGGGGCCGCCGAUUAACCCGUCUAUCGGAUGUCAUUCAACACAUCAAGCGGCAACACCUGUUAGCGGAGGUGAGGUUAGGGUUUGAAACUGUUCUACCAGAGGAUGUCAUUCUCUAUUGCGCAAGAUGUCGCUGUCUGUUUCAUGGCAUUGGUGCUGAGCAUAGGCGCCGAGGCCACUUGACUGAGGGAAUCCAAUGUCAGAUAGCGAAUAUCGAACAAACCGGUGUCUUGUUACUCCGAGAGUUCGAAGAGCUAAGAACAGAGCUUCGAGUAUACCCGCGGCAUAGUGAAACUUUUAGAUGGUAUAUCAUGUGGGACAGGUGUUUUCCGGGGAAACCCCGUCCACUAUCGCCGUACGUCGAGAUUAUUCUUCCACGUCCACAGGUGCAGUUGAUAAUUGAAGCGGAGCUUCAAUCUUUACAACGCCUAUCGCCAGCAGAGAUCCGAUCGAUUGCUAGACGAUCUACGGACAGGAUCUACACCACUUCAUCACCCGCACCCCAACCCAGAAGACCCCCUCCGCAAGCCCCGCCGAAUACUGUGCAGCGAGGACCGGAGCCAACCCACAUGCCUCCUAAUCGAGCAUUGUCUUCUCAGCCUUUACAACCCUUCACCCAACCGCAAGGUUUAGGAGACGACUCUGGUUUAUCCAAUCCUGGUGCUUUUGAAACGCAUCUUGGGUUGAAUGCGAGUCAGGGCGACAAUUCCUCGCUUUGGAAUAAUACGUUUAACACUAACUAUGCACCAAGUCAAAUUUUGGGCUUUGGGACAUAUACGACUUCUGAGAACAACAUUGUUGACUCGGGAUACCCUACUGCUCGUUUCGAACCGGCAAGUGAGUUUAUUUCUCAAGACGACGAUGAUUUGAAUCUAUACGGUAGCGCCGUCAAUCGCCGCGGUUCAUAGUGUGGAUUUUAGUUCUAAACUCUAGAAGACUUGAAGAGACUCAAGUCAAGCUUAGAGCCGCGAGGCUCAACUGCAACUACAAAAGAUGCAUUCUCUAUUAUUCUUUUUCUUUGUUUUUGUGUCAGUGUCGGUUGCCCUUAGAGGAGCAAAUUUUGUCUGCAGGCCUAGAGGGAAAUAUCGGUCAUAUUCUUAUGGGUUCAGGGUCCUUAUUUGGUUUUUUCUUUCUUCUUAACCUUUAGUUUAGGUGGCAGUU